AUGGAGGAUAUUUUAAAUGACAUUGGAGAGUCUAAAUACAUUAAUCAUUUCAAGAGGAACUCGAUAACAAUCGGAACUUUUAAGUAAAUCUUAGAUUCUACUCAGAAUUAGAAGUAAAAGAGAGAAUUUUUAGAAAAGCAAUGCCAAAUGGAUCAAGGCCAGAUACUUGCAAUAAUGGAGAGAGUUAGAAAACUUUACGAUAGACAAAAUAUUAUUUUUGCAGAUAACUAUAGAUAAUCCCCACUCACUCCAAUGGCUUAUCAAAACCAAGGAGCAAAGUCAAAGAGGAUGCAGCAAUUAUUGUCUUAGCCUCCCAACAAGAGUCCUUAACUAUAAAAUCAACGAUCAUCUGCUUCAUUAUAAUAGUAAUAGUAAUUAAAUUAAGGAUUUUCACUUAAGAACAGCAACAACAUCAGCAACGCCCAGAAAAUGCCUCAAAAUAUUAGUAACAACAGAUCAACAUCAAGGGAUAAUAUGAUGAAUAAAUCCUCUAAUCAGCCUCAAUAGAAUCUGUCAAACUAGAAUAAAGUAGUGAUGGGAAGCAAAUAGCUUUAGCAAGAAAUAUAGAGUGUUCAAAUAACAAGCAAUAAUACUAUUAAAAGUCAUAACAUUGUCAAGAAUCUCUUUGAAAAUGACGAUAACUUAUCUUAUUCAUAAUCUGAGGGAGAGAAUAUGAAGGCUAACUAAAAGACUAAUAUUCAAGCUUUCCAGGGUGAUUCAAGUUUGAUGAGUUAAGCAUCUCAGGAGUAUGUCAAUCAAAAGCUCUAAGAACACAAAAAAUUCUAAGAGAACGAAUUGCUUUCUGAUGAUGAGGUAGAUCAAAUCCCAUCAGAAGAAGACUCUCAUAAAAAUUUUAAUCAGAAACAGUGUAUAGAAAAUCAAAACAAUAUUCUGCAGUAGCUACCAUUAGCUCAGGUAGAAGUUGAAAAGAAAGUUGAAGUAAUUGCAUUUGAAAGCAAAUAAGACAAUCAGAUAAUGAUUGAGGAAGAAGAUGACAUGAAUAGAGAGGAAUCAUUGGAAGUUCAAAUGGAAGAUAAAUCAGCUUAGGAUAAAACAGUCUCCUAAUAGAGCAGAACUCCAAUCAGUAAUAAUCAUGAUAUGAGCCAAGAUAUUAUUGAGAUUGAGGAUAACGAUAACUAUGAACAGAUCUAGAUCUAGAGAUAAAUGCCUCCUCAAACACAAUCAACUAUUUAGUAGAAUAUUGUUCAAGAAAUCAGUGAUGACGAUGAAGAGGAUGAGUCAGAUAAUACUUCAUCUGAUGAGGAAUUAUCUGCGCCAUAAGUUAAUUAGCAAGCUUUAUUGAAUCAAAGAAAUCUAUGGGUUUCUAGAGUCUCUCAACAAUCCAGCAUUUAAAAGCAAGCUCUAGAAGAGGAAGAGAAAAUAUAGAUGUAAUCUAAUGAAAUUCCAGCAAUACUCAAUUAAGUUGAGUAUUCAAAUGAUGCAGAGAGCUUUAAUAGAUUCUACUAAACAAUGAAUCAAUAUAGUCCAGAUAAGUUGCCUUCAAUAAUCCAAUAAGAGCAAUUACAUAAAAUUGAGCCACCUACUUUGAGUAGCAGCAUUCUCAAGCAAUAAAAUGUGGUUGAUAUGCUUAAGAGUGAAAGUCAAAAUGAAGAUUUUUCCAACGUUUAAAUGGAAAAUCAGUAAAGUGCUUUUGAUGAUGAUGAUGUAAUGAUGAAUGAAAAUGAUAACGAUUUUGAAGAUGACUAGUAAACAUACGAACCAACUGUUGCUUAAAAUAAACUAAGUGAUGAUGAAGAUGAUAGUUAUGAGACUGAAAAAGAAGAUUAAAUGGAAGAGGAGGAAGUUAUUGUGCCUUAGUAAUUAUAGAAAUAAUAAGUGCUUGCUAUACCCUAGAACAAGGUUAUGAUUGAAGAAGUUAAAUAAAAUUACAUCAUUGAUACCACUUUCAAUUAAAAUAAGCAAUCGGCAAAUAUCACUCCUAAUAAAUCAUCAUAUAGUAGAUCUUCAAGAUCUUAAAGUCCUAACAUAACUAAACUCAUAUUAGUGGAGGGCAAGGUGAUUGAACAUGAAAUCCUAUCUAAAUGUUUUGACUUUGAAUAGCAAACUGAUAGUGAGGAUAAGAAAAUAUUUAUUAACUAAGAGAUAUAAGUUGAACUUAUAAAAGAAGGUCAGAUAAGCAUCGAAGAUAGAGAUAUGAUUAUAACUUAUCCAGCUUCUUCAGUAAUCUAGUUGCAAAAGGACGCUUAGCCAAAGAUCACAAAUUCUUAAUAAUCUUUCAACAAAACAAACAGUCAAGAUGCAAUUGAGAGAUAAAAUAUUAAGAAGCAGAUAAAAGAAUCGACAAGUCAAAGCAACUCGAGAGAUAUUUCAACUGAAUCUAGAAAAUCAAAUGAUGCUAAUCAGAUUCACAGGCCAUAACCAAUUAAAGUGCAAACUCCAAACAAAGUGCAAUUCAACACUAUCCUCAAUUCAAGUAAACUUAGCUCAUCAGUCAAUCAAUCAGCUGAAAAUAUGGCUUUUAAACCUAUUGAAUAAAAAUAGCAAAAUAAAAUUGAAGAACAAGAAGUUCUUGCUCAAGUAAUGCCAAUCAUUGAGGAGCAAAAGCAAGAGCCAAAUAUAGUAUUUGAAAAGGUUGAGUAAUAAGUUGAAAUAAAUGAAUCACCAGUACAAACAUCAUCAGUAGACAUUCAAACAAUAAAAUAAGUAAAGCCCAUUGAAUUUGAAUAAGAACUUUAAGUUGAAGAAUUAUCAUAAGAGAAGGUAUCUGAAGAAUAAGAAAUUUUUAUGAUAGAUACUUCAACUAAUAAGAACAAAGCUGAACCUGUUUUUGAUAACUCUAGAAUAGAGAUUCUAAAUUACUAGUUAGAGCAGAGAAACUCAUAUAAUCAAAGACAGAGUUAAGAAGAACAGAAAAGUUUACAGCAUUCUUAGACAAGUGAAUAGUUGCCUUCAAGAUAAAGAGCAAUUAUCAGAAAGUUAUACUCUGAUAGUGAAGAUGAAUAGAUCAUUAAUACUACUGCUGUGAAUCAAGAGACAAUGAGUUAAUAGUCAGAGCCAGAAGAAAUCAGUAGUUUUGCUGAUGAGUAAAUGAUUGAUAUCACUUAAAACAUUGAGUUAUCAGAAUAGGUAAAUGAAGAGUUUGUUGAGGAGAAAUCAGAAGUAGCAUCAAGUAUCAAACUUGAGUCUCUUAAAGAAGAGGUGCCAACUAAAAAGUCUAAAAAGAGAGUAACAUUCGUUGAUCUUGUUGAAAGUGAUGAGGACAAUAGAGAGUCAUCUGCCAAAAAAUACAAAGAGCAGCAGAAAUAAAGAAACUAGAGAAGGAAUUUGGAAGAGGAAGAAGAACUAAUUGCUCAAGGUAGAAGAAGUAGACGAAGAGUCGACUACAACGAGGCAAAUUUAUAAAAUAGCAAUAGGCAAGAAAAGUCAGAGUUUGAGGAAGACUAUGAGAUCAGAAUGAACAAGAAAGCCGUUGCCGAAUACUCAGAGAGUGAACAAGAAUUAUCAUCAGGCAGAGAGUGUUCAGAAGAAUAAGAAGUUCCUUUGAAAAAAAGAGAAGUAAAGGAGAAACGAGUUCAGAUGAAGAACACAAUUCCAAAACCAAGAAAUUCACCUCAAAAGAAGGCCUAGAAAGACAAAACACCUCCAAAAUCACAGGAAAAGUGGAAGCAAGUCAUUAGCAACCAAAUCUCCUCAAACAUUAAAGACGAGGAAAUGAGGAAAAAGAUGGCUAAAUUACUAAAACUAUGA